AUGGUCAGAGGUCCACUUGGUCCUAUCGCCUUAGAGAACCGCAAGCAUUUGACACAGCAGACAACUAAACCACAAAUCCGCGCCUAUCUGAAGAGCGCUAUUGCCGAAAACAAAAAUGGGUUGGACGCUAUUCUCUUUGGCGAAUCAAAUAUGCUUCUGAUCAUCGUCACGAAUUGGACAAAGGCGGAGUUGACGCAAGCAGCUGACUUUAGUGCUGCUGUACUUCGAGACGGAGAUGGGAGUCUAGCGAGGAAGAGCGCAAGAGGCCACAUGACCCAGAUUUAUGUGUCGUCUGUGAAGGAGAGCUUCAUGUCCAAGAAUGUCAUGGUCGUAAAGGGAAAGUAUCAUGGGGGUAAUUAUUGGCUUGAUGGAUGUUUUCUUCCAAAGGCGUUGGUUAAAUUUGAGGAAGAAAUAGCGAGGUUGACCACCGGAUCCUGA